AUGUCUUCUGAUCUGUAUUUAGCGAUAUGUAAACCCCUUCACUAUUCAUCUCUUAUGAAUACCAGAGUUUGCCUUCAGUUGGCUGCUGGGUCAUGGGUAAAUGGUUGUUUGGCUAUUACCAUCUUCACAUUAUUCAUGUUGCAGUUGAUAUUCUGUGGCCCUAACAAAAUUGACCAUUUCUAUUGUGAUUCCAUCCCAUUGAUAAAACUCUCCUGUGGGGACACACGAGUUAUCAUAUUGCUGGAUUUCAUCCUAGCCUGUAUAUUCACCCUGCCUCCAUUUCUACUAACCUUGACAUCCUACGUUUAUAUCAUCACCACAAUCCUGCAAAUCCCUUCCACUACCAGGAGGCAAAAGGCCUUUUCCACCUGCUCCUCCCACCUCAUUGUGGUGACAAUUUUCUAUGGGACACUAAUGAUUGUCUAUCUGCUUCCGAAACUUGAUACACUGAGAUUCCUAAAGAAAGUUCUCUCUCUUUGUUACACAGUCCUGACUCCCCUGGUAAACCACCUCAUCUAUAGCCUGAGAAACAGAGAAGUCAAAGAAGCCUUGCACAAAGCAGUCAGUAAAUAUGUGACAUUUACAAGGAACAUAGAGAACCCUAUAUAA